CUUGCUUACAACCUCUAGAAUCGAGAUUUUUCCUCCAUGGAAUCACUAACUUUCCUGCUUGUUUCCCCUUCAUUCCAUCUCUUUUCCCAGAAACCAAACACCCCUUCAAAGUUUAAUCUCCAUUGCUUACUCUUUACUCACCAUUUUCUUGUUUUUUGCCAAGACCAAUCUCAGCUGGUUUUGCUGUCAAUCUCAAAGGUAACCUUUCUGUUUUUCCAUGAUCAAUCCUAGGAAACCAUUUUUGAAGGUUACAAGAGAAAUUGAAUAAUCGAUCCCAUUUGAAUGCAAAAACUAAGGGUUAUAUAUUAUCCCUUGAAGUUGCUCAACGAUGGCGUUUCAUUUCCCCAUUAGAGCUCAAUCAGCUCGAAAUUCCGCCAUUUAUGCAGAGAGAAUAACCGAAGAACCUCCCCCUCAAAUAAACAACAAACACUCACAAACCACCGUCACGUUGAUGUACCAAACCAACAUGGCUGGCUAUUGGCGUAACGUUACCAUCAUUUGGUGCAAGAACGUCAUGAACUAUUCUCUCAACAUCAUGGUGAACAACACGGAAGGCGACAACGUCCAUUCAACUUGUAAGAUCGAGCUUAAACCAUGGCAUUUUUGGAGCAGAAAAGGGUACAAAUCAUUUGAAGUUGAAGGCAAACCAGUUGAUGUUUAUUGGGAUCUUCGUUCAGCCAAAUUCACAAGUGGCCCCGAACCAGUUUCGGAUUACUACGUCGCCUUAGUUUCAGAUGAAGAAGUUGUUUUAUUACUCGGAGAUUACCGUAAAAAAGCUUACAAAAGAACCAAAUCAAGGCCAGCUUUGGUUGAACCAGUACUGUUUUACAAAAAAGAAAACGUUUUCGCCAAGAAAAGCUUUGCGACGAGAGCUAAAUUCGACGAGAAAAGGAAAGAACACGAAAUCGUCGUCGAGAGCUCAACGACCGGUCUAAAAGAUCCUGAAAUGUGGAUUAGUAUGGAUGGGGUUGUUUUAAUUCAUGUGAAGAAUUUGCAGUGGAAGUUUCGAGGGAACCAAACGGUUCUUGUCGAUAAACAACAGGUUCAAGUGAUGUGGGAUGUUCAUGAUUGGUUUUUUAGUAGCCCUGGAACUGGUCAUGGAUUGUUUAUAUUUAAACCCAUACCGGCUGAAUUAGCCGAUUGUAGUGAUAAAGAAGGAAGUAGCCAUGGCGGUGACAGUGAUACCAGUACUGGAAGCUUGUAUUAUUCGACGAGAAGCCCUACAGUGACGACAGCGGAAUUCAGCUUGUUUCUUUAUGCAUGGAAGAUUGAGUGAGUUGUUGUUUUUUUUUUUUUUUAAUUUUAAUGUUGCAAUUGCUAGGGAGAAAAAAACAAAAUGUGCAGGCAAAUUCUCUGCAUGUAUAUAUAUGUUGUAUUCUUUGAGUAUUGUAAAUUAUAUACUCUUAUAAUUUGUUUGGAAAUUAAA